AUGUAUCUAACUCUCCCAGUGGCAAACAUCGACCUCUCAAAAUACGGCACUCCCCAAGGCAACGCAGAGCUCGCCCAAACUCUCAUCGAAGCAAUCCGCACUAAAGGUUUCUUCUAUGUAACCAAGUUUGACAUCCCUCAAUCUGCGAUCGACAGACAGUUCGCUCUUGGUAAUGCCUUUUAUAAUCUUCCCAUCGAAGAAAAGCUCAAGUAUGUUCCUGAUCUUGAUGCGGGAGAGUAUAAUGGGUACAGGCCUGGUGGAAGAAGGAUUCUAUCGGGUGGUGUGAAGGAGAAGACCGAGGUUUGGAAUAUGGCUACGGAUAAUGGAAAGAUCACACAGCCUGUUCCUAAGUUGUUAAAGGAUCAUAUCGAUGAGAUCACCUCCUUUGCAAAGGACCUACACGAAAAAGUCCUCGACCCCCUCUACCAUCUCACAGCCCUCGCCCUCCAAAUCCCAGAAGACCAUCUCGUCAACCUGCAUAAAUGGGGGACUCACAAUGAAUCUCAUCUUCGCUAUAUGAAAUACGGAAAGUUCAGCCCCGAAGAGAUCGAAAAACUCGAAGAUGGCCUUUGGUCUCGCGGUCACACCGAUCUUGGUUCAUACACCCUUCUCUUCCGCCAGCCUGUGGCUGGUCUUCAGAUCAAGGAUCACAAAACUGGUGAUUGGAAGUGGGCUAAGCCUCUUGAUGGAAGUUUAACUGUUAAUGCAUGCGAUGCGUUGAGCUUUCUUACUGGCGGUUAUGUUCAGUCCACCAUCCAUCGCGUAUCUGUCCCUCCUAAAGAUCAGCGUGACGUAGACCGUCUUGGUCUUUUGUACUUCUCUCGCGCUGAGAACGAUCUUGUCCUGAAGACUAUUGACUCGCCUGUGCUGAAGCAAGAGGGCUUCACGCAGAAUGAGUUUGAGAGGGGAAAUCAUCGAGUUCCGACUAUGGGAGAGUUUACGACUUUAAAACAAACGUGGCAGCAGUCCCAGAAGAGGGGAAUCACUUAUGAUGAGCUGGAGGGACAGCAGAUUCUGCCUGGUUUCCAUGGACGAAGUUUCAAGUAG